CAGUUGUUUACUAAUCUUCUUUAUUGCAGCAAGUGUUAUUAUUUCUUUAUCAAUAAUUGUAUUUUUCUUAAAUCUAAAACAUGGCUAAACAGUUAUUAGGAAAAUUAGCAAUUGUUACCGGUGCUGGCUCUGGCAUUGGACGCAGCACAUGCCGGGUACUGAAAGAUUAUGGGGCCAAAGUUAUAGCAGCUGAUCGUAAUUUACCAGCAGCCGAAGAGACGGCUAAACAAUUGGGUAGUGAUGUUUACCCCUUGGAAAUAGAUGUGUCAUCGUUUGACAGCGUUUGUCAAGCCGUUAAACAAACCACCACACAAUUUCAAACAGUACCUUCAGUGGUAGUUAAUUCGGCUGGUAUUACUCGAGAUGGCUAUUUACUUAAAAUGCCAGUACACGAUUAUGAUGAUGUCUAUAGUGUAAAUUUAAAGGGCACCUUUCUGGUAACCCAACAAUUUGCCAAGGCCAUGAUAGAGCACAAUAUUAAGGGUGGCAGUAUCGUUAAUAUUUCAAGUAUCGUAGCUAAAAUGAACAAUAUUGGUCAGGCAAAUUAUGCCGCCACCAAAGCAGGUGUUAUAUCAUUUACCGAGGUGGCUUCAAAGGAAUUUGGUAAAUUUGGCAUACGGGUCAAUGCCAUAUUACCCGGUUACAUUAAUACACCAAUGGUUGAGGUGGUGCCGGACAAGAUUAAGGAACAAAUUGUUGUACGUUGUCCACUGGGUCGCAUGGGUGAACCGCAUGAAAUUGCCGAAGUAAUAGCAUUUUUAGCAUCUGAUAAAUCUUCCUAUGUUAAUGGUGCUGCCAUCGAAGUAACAGGUGGCCUAAAGUGAGUGAAAUUUGUUUGAAGGACUAUAAUGAAUGUUGCUUUGAUAGUGAUGAUGACGUUAUUGGUGGUAAUGCAGAUAAUGGUGUGUUAAUAUUUGUUUAUGAUUAUGUUUUCAUUUUGUCUUUUAAUUUAUGUUAAUAAUGGCAUUUAUUAGAGUUAAUAAAAUUAAGUGUUAAAUAGUUAA